ACGAUUGUGCAGAUGUGAGAGUACCAUGGCAGCUUUUAAAGGCAUUUGGACAAAGGCUUUCUGGCGUUCAGUCUCUGCUGAAUUCUUAGCCACUCUAAUCUUCGUUCUUAUUAGCCUUGGUUCAACAAUCAACUGGGCAUCAGACAAGGACAACCCGCCACCUGCUGACCUGGUGCUUAUUUCGCUCUGUUUCGGGUUGAGCAUCGCUACCAUGGUGCAGUGCUUCGCUCAUAUCAGUGGAAGCCAUAUAAACCCGGCUGUCACUGCUGCCAUGCUAGUAACAAGAAAGCUGAGUCUCGCCAAGGCCUUGUUUUAUAUACUUGCACAGUGUUUGGGUGCCAUUACUGGAGCAGGGAUUCUCUUCCUGGUUACACCAAGUGCUGUUCAAGGCGGUCUAGGUGUUACAACGGUGAACUCAAGUAUUUCAGUGGGUCAUGCCCUGGUCGUGGAGCUCCUGAUCACAUUUCAACUUGUCUUCACGGUGUUUGCCACCUGUGACAACAAACGCGAUGAUCUCAAAGGUUCAGCCAGCCUCGCCAUCGGCAUCGCCGUUGUCAUCGGACAUCUUUUUGCGAUCCCCUACACUGGAGCCAGCAUGAACCCUGCUCGAUCUUUUGGACCUGCAGUCAUUAAAUUAAGCUGGGAAAGUCACUGGGUGUAUUGGGUCGGGCCCAUUCUAGGUGGAAUUCUGGCAGCAGCAAUGUACGAGUACCUGUACUGUCCAGAUCCUGAACUGAAGAAAUCCUGCAAAGAGAUGUUCAUGAAAGAUUCUACAGGGAAAUAUAAAGAGGUUGAGUCUUCCAUCACUCCGCAUGUUGGAGAGCCAGAUGAUAUCACGAUCAGCCCUGGUUCUUCAACAGAUAUGGAGAAAGUGGAGAAGAAGGAGGCCUUACAGGAUGUCACGGGUGAUGGGUUGUCCUCUGUAUGACUAUCAGUCAUGCUGGUGAAGGAGACCAUUGUGUAACAUGUCUCCAUCAUUGGUAUACCAAGGAAUUCUGCACUUUAUCUAACGCUAAUGAAAUCAUGCUUGCUAAAGGUGACUAAAAGCAUGCCAGAACCCCUUUUCCAGUGUAAUCAAUGUAAUAUUAUUUUUUUCUUCAUUAUUAGCACAGUUAAUACUUCUGGGCUUCCAAUAAUACCUACUGUAAGCUUGUAUAUGAGUGUUCGGUUCAAUGCAACAUCAACUUUACAAGUGUGUUUAUAGGCUAAAAUGCAAUGGUCCUAUCUGGGUAUGCUUAAUGCUUCAAAUAUUGGCUGAAUCGGAUAUGUUCUUGCUAUUUUGCUAUAUUCCCAGGAAUUCUAACAGUUCCUCAGCCUGAGCUACAUUAUUUAACUUGAUUUCAGGUUUUUCAUCUCAACACAUUUUGCCUCCUCUGUUUCCAAAAAGAGAAACAUACUAGUAGCCUGAUUGAGUACACCUCAACCCUGACCAGGCAGUUCUUAUGGGUAUAUGCAAUGGUCAUGUUACUAAAUGUUCUAUUUGUUCAUCGAUCAUCACUGCUUUGUCUAAUUGACGUUAUCCACCCACAAUUAAUUAUCCAAAGAGCUUCAUAAAAUAAAGCCCACAAAUCCUGACCUACAGUAAAUGGAUUAAUGU